AUGACGAUGACAACGACAACGACGCUGAGGAAGAUGACGCUGAGGAACAGCGGCGGCGGCGGAAAGACAAGGGGGAACAGAGAGGGCACAAACGGGUAUAUCCCUCCCUCCCUUGGCUCCCUCCUACUCGUUCCCUCGGCCCCUUGCACACGCGCCCCCUUUGGCCAGUUGCCUGCUCCCACCGCUGUCUCAUUCGACACAAUCCACGGUCUCCACGGCAGCGGCGGCCUAUGUCCCAUUCCACCAACACCCACGAAUCAACGCUGCUCGACGAGGCGGAAAAGCACGACAACGAGGAGGAGGACGAGAAGGAGCACAGAAGAGGGAGGAAACGGACGACGAGGACUUAACCAUAGUUCCUCCCCCGUACACGCACACCUCUCGCCCUCGACGUCCUCUCCGCGUCGCCCUCAGCGGCCUAUCCCUCGACUCUACCCGCCCCUCCUCUCGUCUGCUCAACCUCACCCACUUCCGACCCGCUCUCCCGUCCGCCCCGCUCUCUCGUUCGACCCGCUCUCCCCCCGGACCCCCGCUCGACUCACCCACAUCUUCCACUCGACGUCGCACUCACCUGCUCGCUACAGCUCGACACCACCCACCAUCCCGGCACGUCCUCCGCCUCCUCCACCUUCGUCAACACCUCUGCCUCCGACGCCUCAUCCGCCGUCACCACCACCACCACCGCCGCCUCCGCCUCCUCCACCUCCUCACGCUGCUACACCGAGUUCUUGCGCACCAGGCCCAGCGCGAACCGCCGCGACCGCGACCGCACGCCGCAGGACCGCUCCAAAUCCAUGUCCGCGGCGAGCACCGCUCACAUACGCGCUGCCCUCCUCGACCAGGCCGCCGCUGCCGCAUCCGUAUCCGCAUCCUCACGCACUGGUCGGCCUUCCCUUCCCCCGGUGUCACGCCCCCCUCCACCCUUGGCUGCUGUAUGAGCGGUACAGGACGGAGAAACUCCGCGCGACGCAGAAGAUCGGCGAGGAGGAGACGCGGCGGCUGACGCACCCCCAUCGCCUUCCGCAUGCGCAUCUCCCUCGCGGAGCGCAUCAAGGACGGCCUUGCCUGCCCGACUCCGCCGCCGACGUGUACGGGCCCAGGACACGCGUCCUGAACCCGUUCUUGAGCUGCAACAUCCCCUGCCUUUGCGGCCGCGCUCAGCAAGUUCAUCUUGCCCCCGCGCCCCGACUCGGCGUCCAUGCAGGAGAGCGGCUCCUCGCCCUCGCACGACCCCUCCUCCACUGA